AUGCCUAAAAGAGUUCUUUGCAAGUUCUUUCCUCAUGGCGCAUGCCUCAAAGGGGACCAUUGUGAAUUUUCUCAUAAUUGGAAGCAUCCUCCGAAUAAUAUAUGCACAUACUAUCAAAAAGGUAACUGCUUUUUUGGUAGUCGGUGCAGAUAUGAACACGUCAAGGCUUCACAAUCGGAUCCAUCGGCUUCAUCUUCGUCAACAGAACCUGAUUCUGUACCUUUAUCUUCUUCGAAAACUGCAUCUGCUGAGUCGGUUGUAUCUUCAGCUGCUUCUACCAAGUUUCCUGAUUCCAGUAGAGCUUCUGUUGCUCUCUCCAAACAAGAAGGGAAUUUGGAAUCUGUGCCUCGGGAUCUAUCGGUUAAUGGUGAACCAGUUGAGCCUAGGAGCAAUAAUCUGGUCGAGCGUUCUAUCUGCUCGUUUGCCGCAGCUGGUAAUUGCCCCCUUGGAGAAAAAUGUCCUCAUAUUCAUGGAGACUUGUGUCCCACCUGUGAAAAGAAUUCUUUGCACCCUUUUAGACCUGAACAAAGGGAGGAACAUAUGAAAAUGUGCAAGAAGAAGCAAAAAUACCUUAAUGCAUUGAAACUUAGUCAAGAAAUAGAAUGUUGUGUGUGCCUGGAUCGUAUUCUCUCAAAGCCCACGGCAGCUGAGCGUAAGUUUGGAAUUCUUUCGGAAUGUAAUCAUCCAUUCUGCAUAACAUGUAUUAGAAAUUGGCGUAGCAGUUCUCCUUCCUCCGGAAUGGAUGUCAAUACUGCAGUGAGGGCUUGCCCAAUCUGUCGCAGGCUAUCAUAUUUCGUCAUUCCAAGUGUCAUUUGGUAUUGGACUCCGGACGAAAAGCAGCGGAUUGUUGAGGGCUACAAGGCAAAAUUGAGGUCCAUAAAUUGCAAGCACUUCAACUUUGGAAAUGGGAACUGUCCUUUUGGUAAUAGUUGUUUUUACAAGCAUGCAUGUCGAGAUGGUCAGCUGGAGGAAGUGGCUUUACGUCAUCUUGGAGUUGAAGAUGGGCAGACCAUCAUAACUAAAAAUAUUAGGUUGUCCGACAUUCAUAGUGACUAUGGACACUAGGUGAAUGUUCGCAACAUUUACUAGAGUGAUAUCUAAAUAAUGCAAGGGCCUAUAUGCAGCUUUGAUGAAAAAGUUAUUUCUUCAGUUUUUACUGUUGCUCUCCAUAUCAAAAGGUGUGUAUUCACAAACCAAUCUUUCGGGGGGGGGGGGGGGGCACAGGUAGUUCCAUGUCGUAAUUGUAUGUCUUUGCUAUCCACGAGUCGGUAAAACAUCGGUUUUUAACGAAAUGCAGGAUUGUUGAUAAGAGAAACAAAGCUUGGAAUCAUGGGGGGGGGGGGGUGCGGGGCUAUGCAAUAUAAAGUGCAAUCUCAUCUUUAUAAUGAUGGAUGGAUAAAUAUAAUAUAUGUUGAAAGCAAGCAAUGGGAAUGGAAUGUAUGAAGUAGCCAUUGGUGAUUAAAUUUGAAUAAUGGAUGAGUGGCAGUGAAAAAUGCUACAUGCUUCCCUUAAUCAAGUGGGACACUUGGAGCUGUAUAUUGGGUCCCGUCUCUCUGGCAGAGCUAUAGAGAGAUGAAAAGUGAAAAGGGGGCAGCAGAAGCAGUGUUGUUUGUUGAAAUGUUGAGCCUUCCCAUGCUUUGAUCCUGUAUAUGUAAUGUGCUGAAUAUUGUGUACACAUUGGCUUUUGGAUAUGAAUACAUAGAAGCUCCCGAUACCUUAUACAAUAAUUAUUCUACUUUAAUUAA